GACACAUUUUAAAACAUCUAAUGCCACAUUGAAACAUUGACAGUGAAGAAGCCAUCUGGCCAAAGGACACAAUCCCCAUCAAAACUGCAGGACUGCAAGAAAAGAUUAGGGGAAAGACAUUAUGUGACAGGUACCAAGUGGGCAGUGACGGUGCACACAGUAUCUGUUUGAGUUUCACACUGUUUUUGUUUGACUGCCAUUUCCCGAGGAAGGUCUCGAUAGCCCAACUAUCCGGAAUUGUUACACUGGGCAAUAUGGAGCCUCGGAACAUUUCAACAAGACUUUGCUAAUAUCAACCUGCAUGAGCAUGCCGCAAGACUGAAAGCCAAAACGUAUCGUCUUUUCGUCAGUAUAACACCAGAGGACGAGAGUAGUGAUUUUGAAAUUUUGGGAAUUUUUGUUUUCAUUUUCAGUUUCUUAUAAAGAGCAGCUGUCUUGUCUGAUCAUGAACACCUCGAUGAACAAGACAGACUGCCCAGAGUUGACUGUUCCUGUCCCUGUCUUCUUCACCAUUGGCGUAUUCAGUUUGAUGGAGAAUCUCUUGGUUGUGGUGGCUGUCAUAUACAACCGAAAUCUCCACUCGCCCAUGUACGGCUUCAUGUGCAGCCUAGCGGGCUUCAACACCAUCGCCAGCCUCGCGAAAACCUGUGAGAACGUCCUGCUUGUUUUCGCAGAUGCCGGACAACUGGAGAAGAUAGGUUCCUCUGAGACCAAGCUUGAUGACGUGAUUGACUCACUGCUCUGUAUGUCCUUUCUGGGUUCAAUUUUCAGUUUCCUGGCCAUAGCCGUGGACCGAUACGUCUCUGUAUUCCAUGCACUUAGAUACCACAACAUCAUGACAAUGCGGCGUACAGGGACCAGUCUGGGCAUCAUCUGGACAAUUUGUGGGGUGUCAGCCAUGUUCAUCGUGAGCUUCUUCGACUUCAAGUUCAUCAUGAUCUUCUUUGUUUGCCUAUUUUUGAUCUGCUUUGUCGUCAUCUGCUUCCUUUAUGUUUAUAUGUUCAUGCUGGCACGUAACCAUGCCAGGAAAAUUGUCUCUGUGAACUCAGGUGGCGGUGAAAAAUGUCGUUUGAGGUGGUGGGGUGGCAGUAUGAGAGGAGCCAUAACACUUACUAUCCUCUUUGGAGCAUUUGUUUUGUGUUGGGCACCUUUUUUCCUCCACAUCAUCAUCAUGGCCGUAUGCCCGACUGACCCAUAUUGCGAGUGUUACAGGUCACUCUUCCAGCUCCAUGUGUUGCUGCUUAUGAGCCAUGCCCUCAUUGAUCCUGCUAUCUAUGCCUUCCGCAGCGCAGAGCUUAGGCAUACGUUCAGAAAGAUGCUUCCUUGUUCAUGAGAGAUACAGCCUUUAUUUAAAAUCUUCCUGUGGGUCUAUUUUCAUUACCUGAGCAAAAUUGACGUACAGUUCCAUUCUAUUGAUACGCUUUCCAUCCAUCCAUCCAUCCAUCC